AUGGCUGUCUGCAAUUUAACCUUCGAUGAAAUACAAGGACUCCCCUCACUUGAAGAUGAAUUCGAAUACUUUAGAGUUCUAAGUGGUGAAAAAGAAAUUGAAGUAAAAGCAAGUUCAAGCUUUGAAGCAGCAGUUAAAAUGGCAUUUACCUUACAUGUAAGAGAAGGUGGACAGCUCGAUAUCGAUGGUCGUGGUGUAGUUAUUACUGUUAUCUCGCCAAAUGGAGACGAAUUUAAAUAUAGAGCUAUUAAUGCAGACCCUGUUGCUGUUGAGCUCCUGGAAAAAAAUGUCAAAGUCUCCGAGAAUGAAGUUAAUACGGUGUCUACGACCGACGAUCCUGUUGUUUAUACUUUUACGAACGCGUCUGAGAGACUUGACUUUUCAAACGGUUCAUUAAUCGAUACAACGCUUCGAAACUAUUUUGGGUUUCCUUCGUUUAGACCUCUUCAAAAGGAAACGAUUAUUUCCACUAUGGCUGAAAAGAAUGUUCUUACAGUUGUUGGAACAGGAGGAGGAAAAACUCUCACAUACUUACUGCCUGCCGUUCUUUCUUCCCAUCCUACUCUUGUAUUAUCUCCUAUCAAGUCUUUAAUUGAUGACACCCUAGUUCGCUGCCUAAAUCUUAACAUUCGCAGUUGCAAGUUUACUGGAGAUGUUCCCCAUGAUGUGAGAAAAGAACAGAUACAUAACAUAGAAGAUUUCAAGAUUAUUUUUGCUACUCCUGAAUGCUUAGAAGACGGCGAACCACUUCGAGUUAAAGUUGAUGGACUUGCUGGUGUUGGUCAACUUGAGCGAAUAGUGUUUGACGAAGCACACACUAUAUCGAGUUGGGGAAAUACCUUUAGACCGAAUUAUAAAGAUGUAUGUAAGAAUUUGUGUAAGGCAAAGUGUCCAAAACUACUUUUGUCUGCUACAGUUCCUUUGAAAGUCGAGAAUGAUUUGAGAGAAAUUUGUGGGGACUUUACUGUCCUUCGUAGAACUGUUUAUAGAGAAAAUUUAUAUUUGGAAGUAGUUGAGCGAACUGGAAAAUUCCUUGACCAACUGUCUGAUUUCAUUUCGCAAAACAAAGAUGCUUGUGGUAUUGUUUACUGCGUACUCCCUAAAGAUGUUUGCAAGAUACAUGGUGAACUUUUAAAACGAGGAAUUAAUGCUGUGAAGUAUCAUGGUAAAUUGUCUGAUGCUGUUAAAUUAUCCAGUCAGUCCAAGUGGAUGAGUGGUGAAGUAAAUGUUAUUGUGGCAAACUCGUCAUUUGGGAUGGGUAUUGACAAGGCUAAUGUGAGGUAUGUUUUACAUGCAAAAUUGCCCACUAACAUUGAAGAAUACUUUCAACAAUGUGGCAGAGCAGGUCGUGAUGGCUUGCCAUCACACUGUAAGCUUUUUUAUAAUUACAGUGAUAAAAACAUUCUGUAUCGACUGUUUGAUGAACAAGUCAUAGCACAAUACAAAGGUGUAAAUGACUUGAUUGUACUUCUUGAAAACCCAGUGCAGUGCCUUCAUCAAGGCAUAAUGAGCUAUUUUGGAGAAAAGCAUGAUAGCUUUAUAUGUCUUACUGGAUGCAGCAAUUGUAAACACCGUGGAACUCAUCAGAUCACUGAUGGUACAUCAGAUGCUUUAAAAGUUUUGCAAGCAGUUGUUGAAUUAAGCAACAUUAACUUAACAUGCAAUGAUUUGAAGCUGUAUUUAGCUGGUAGCAACCAGAAAUGUGUGUCACAUUUGCAAGAAUAUGCCACAUUUGGAAGCUUAGGGAAGAAGUUUGUACCUGUUUCUUUGCUAGCAAAGUUCUUACAUCUGUUAAUUGUUGGUGAUAUCCUAACUGAAAGAAUACACAAGAAAGGUACUGGCAGCAGUAUUUCUGUUGAAAUAACUCUUGGAAGCAAGGCUCAUGACUUGCUUGCUAACAACUUUAUGAUAGAUAAGUAUGAAAAGACAUGAUUUGCUUCUUUGAAACAGAUUAUUGACAGAAAAUAUUUUGAUUAAUUAAUGUAUGCAUGGACUGUAAAAUAUAUUUUAUAUUCAAGCUAGCCUCCUCUGCAGGCAACCCUAUAAACUCAGUAUAAAGAACUGAAUAAUAAAGCAUGUGCCCAUACUGAGUCAUUAUUAUGUACAGAGUUGCCUGGGGAUGAAGCUAUUAUAUUCAUUACAUUAGUCUCCUGCACAGGCAACUCAGUAACAUCAGUAUGGGUUCGAUGUGAAGUGUACAGGCGGGCGGGUUACGAACAAAAGGAUUAAGAACAUUUUGGAUAGUACCUAGAGUAAGCGACUGAAAUACUAACUUUAGUAAUCUAUUAAAUAUUCACUUCAAUUAUAAACUCAUUAAUUUUUUGACAUCAUCAAUAAUCAACUGUUAAAUAUAAACUGUGUUUUAAACUGCUUAAUAAAAGCCUUAAUUUACAAGCUAAAGCAUGUCAUUUGGAUAUUUCCUGUGAAGAAAGCCAGGAAAUUCAAUCUCUGCCUUUUCCUGUCCUUUCUGAUAGCUGCUUAUGUAUCUAGGUGGAACCAGUUCACCAGGCUUUAACUUUUUAUCAGCCCAUGGGUAUUUUUUCACUGUCUCCCUUCCUUUUUCUUCAAACCAUUCUUCUUUAAGGGCAAAUUGGGCUACUUUAAGUUGAUCAUAAAUUGAACUAGGC